CCGAACCUGAUUAAUACGAAUUAUUCGAGAGUACUUGAUCGUUUGACAAUUGUCAAUUAAGAUAAAAUGUACUCGGAGUACCAAAAAUUUGUAAAAUCAAGAGUGUUGUAAUGCGGUACAUGUUGAUUAACGUGUGCACCUCGAGUGAUUAUUUUUCCAGCAAAACGCACCUCUUAUCCUCCCCGUAAUGAGUGCAUUAAUAUUCCUGAGCACGCAUCCGUCAAUUAUAUCCGCUCCGUCGAAGCAAACGAAACGAAUCGUUUCAUAUUCUUGGAUAUUUUUCACGAGCGAAGUACGCUGGAAGGAAGAGCUUAGAAAUGAGAGUGACAAAGACUUGAAAAAAAGAAAAAAAAACCACUCGAGAUGACGCACAAAAAUUGAUAAUCAACUAAAUAUAGCCCGUUACUCAACGAUCUUGAACUUUCAUCUCCGCGGCGGAAGAAUGAAAAUAUUGAUUUUUCAAUUUUCAUCCCACACCUGAAAGGGAGUCGUCGGGAAAAGUGUUAAAAAUGAAAAGAUAUUUUGUGGUGAAAAAGUGCGCGAUACUUACCGGAAAUAUUAAUGCCGGAAAGGUUGAGAGUGCCGGUUGAAAAAUGUGAUUCUUCGAGGUGUGCCGGGUAAAGAAUGUUAUCAUUGUUCCAUUAUCAGCGAAAGAGUCAUCGCGGUAACGCCUACAACAGUCUCGAUCGAAGAAGGGCCAAUUUCUCAAGUAUCUUUUCCGUAGUUCGUCUCCGAGCGUCACGAGUCGCGGGUGCUGUCAAUUUUUAUUCCCGAUUUUCCUAAACGUUUCCGUUUACCGCUGGGACAUUUGCCACCGAAAAAUGUAUCGUUUCGCGUUGAUUUUACUUGCGAUUCGAUCAGUCGCGAGUUUCGAUGAAAAAUACAAACUCUGCGCACCUGAAACCAUCCUGAAUACAACAUGCAAUUCGUUGACUCGAGGCCCGAGCAAAGUUUCCUGUCUUCGGGUAACCGACAGUGCGGAAUGUGCAAUGAGAUUGGCCGAGGGAAAAGCUGAUUUCGGUGUCUUCGACGCCGAAGAAAUGCUGCUCGCUUAUCAAUUUUAUCCGGAUCAGCUCAAGGUUGUUUCUCAAUUGAGGCACAACGAAAGGAUCGAAGAGGAUUUUGAGUUUCAAUCCGUGGUCGUCGUACCCGCGUCCUUCGAUGCGAGGAACGGUUUGGAGGGUUUGCGAAACGGGGGAUUGUGUCAUCCGGGCUUCAGCGAUACGCAAUUAUGGAACGACCGAGUGAUGAAAUUUUUUGAAAAGAGAGUCGUAGCGCCCGAUUGUCGCGGCUGGAACAGAACAGCGGCUGAGAACGAGAUUGAAAAUUUGAAAGGCUUCUUCGGCCAGGGCUGCAGACCCGGCGAGUGGGUGGCUGACGACGAGGAGGACCGGCGUUUGAAAUCCAGCCACCAUGAGCUUUGCGAGCUGUGCGACGAUACUGACAAUUGUAAAUACCACAACAGCGCCCACCACGGUCAUUUCGGUGCGCUCGAGUGUCUCGUUUCCGCUCGCGGAAAAGUUGCCUACGUCGCUUACGAAUACGUCCGACAAUUCUUCGGUUUGAGAUCAAACUUUUCGCUCUCCCCGUUGGCUAUUCCGCUGGGCUUUCAAUUCUUGUGCGAAGACGGUACGACGAGACCUCUGACCUCGGAUGACCCCUGUGGAUGGAUCAGGCAGCCUUGGAGCGCCAUAGUCGCACGCUCUGAGAAAGCAGACAGAAUAAUGGAGGGGUUGAAAGAUUGGUUGUCGGACGCGUCCGACAUGAGGGCACCCGUUGAUUGGACAACGGUUCUCAAGACGAUAUUGACGAGCGAUUCGAAACCGGGAUUCUUUCCGUCACCGUUGACCCUCAGAAGAUAUCUGACGGAAGGAAGGACCGUAAAUUUACCGAAAAACAACCCCUGCGCGAAGAAGAUUCGUUGGUGUACGGUGAACCAGGCCGAGACCAACAAGUGCAACUGGAUCGCAAUGGAAGCUAUCCUCGGGCUCGAUUUAGCGCCGAAUAUUGAAUGUAUUAUGGCCCCUUCGACCUUGGAAUGUUUGAGAAACAUCGCCAACAACGAAGCCGAUAUUAUUACCAUCGACUCUAAUUACGGUUACAUCGCACGGAAGGUGUUCAAUUUGACAAGCGUGAUGUACGCGGAAACUGAUAGCGAUCGAAACAGCCGAGUGGUAGCGUUGGUUCGCGAGGACGGUAACAGGGUGAAGAGCUUUCAGGAUUUGAAAAAACGACCGGCCUGCUUUCCCGAAUACGCUGGAAUCGCGUGGUUAUCCUUCGUGAAUACGGCUCGUAAGAAUAAAAUCAUUGGUGACUCGUGCGACUUCCCGAAGCUGCUGUCACAAUAUUUCUCCGGUGCUUGCACUCCCGGAAUCAAAGAUUUCGAACAUUCGAAGAUUUUACCGACGGAGGAUAUCACGACUAUCCUAUGUUCUCGAUGCCCCCUCGAACAACAUUCCAACGAAACUUGCUCCGCUAAUUUCGACAAUCGUUAUUACGCCGAUAAAGGCGCGCUCAGGUGUCUUGCCGAGGGAGCAGGAGAAAUCGCAUUUGUCGAAACGAAAAAUCUCUACGGUGAAGUAGACGGUACAAUAAUCAAACCGCACGAGUACAGAGUUCUCUGUAAAAACGGAAGUUUGGCAAUGUACACGGGAUUCGAGGUGGACGAACCUUGCGCGCUAUCAGUCACAAUUGAUAGCGAGGUGAUUGGAAGGAAGGAGAACUCGGUGAAAAGUACAACACAAGUUUUGGGAGAGGACGUGACGUUGGCCCUUUUGAAAUUGGAAAACUGGCUGGGUUAUCGGCCAGACGCCCAUCGCCCUAUUCGCAUUUACGACAGCUUCACCGGCAGCUCGAAUUUAUUGUUCAAGGAUUCAACGGUCGGUCUAGUGCUGGCUUCGUCGCAAAUAAAAUCGGUGGUUGCCUAUAAGGAAUUGUACAAUGACGUAGAAAUGUGCUCGGGAGUCGAAAAAACUGUGACUAACAGUUUUGCUAUCUUUUCCGUACUAUCGAUUUAUUUCGCUCGAGUUUUACUCAUUUGAAAAGGAUUGAUCGUUCAAUUGCGCCUUAAUAGCUUUUUUUAAUUAAUCGGAGAAAAUCGUCUCUGCGGAGGUUAUUACCGGUGAGCAGAAUUAUACAUCAUUUUUUGGACAAAACUUCUUUUAUCUAUUUUUUUGUCGAAUAGAUAAAAAUAUAACUUGGGAAGAAAAACGAGGGAACUUUUGAUUGUAUUCUCGGGAUAUCUGGUGCAAAUUUUGAAGUUUACGAAGCAGGAAGUUGCGAGGAAAAUAUAUUAAAUUUCAAAAGA